GAUUAAUAAACAGCUUAUUAUCUGGUAGUUUAAGGUGAUGUAACUUCUGAGGAAUAAAAUGACAAUUUAAUAAAGUAUAAUUAGUUAUUGCGAUUCGUUAAAUUAACGAAAUUUAGACUUUUUGUCGAUGAGAACAAUAGACAACAGAACGAGCUAUUCACGUUUCAAUGCUAGAAACAGCAGGGCAAGGACGGACACUCCUCAUAAUGACAGGAAUAUUCGUGUGUGUGAGUGUGUGCUGUAUUGAUAACGAGGGUGUGUGUUCAGUGUGUGACAUGUGAGGGGAUCGAUAUGGAGUAAACCAGCGCCGGGGAUGGAAAUAGCUCAGGGAAGAGGAUUAUCAUGGCAGACCCAGAUGUGUCAACGCAGAGUGGGGGCUAUGAUGUGGAGCUGUUUGUGGACCCUCCAGACUAUGAUUUGAUCUGCACCAUUUGCCAAGGGGUCCUCAAGUGUCCAGUGAGGAGUGCGUGCCACCACAUCUUCUGCAAGAAGUGCAUCUUAUUGUGGCUAAAAAGACAGGAGACCUGCCCCUGCUGCAGGAAACCCGUAAACCCAAACUUGAUCUUUGUCAUGUUCAAACUGAGUAAAUCUAUUGGCCGCAUGAAGAUCAAG